AUGAGUAGACCAACCAUUCCUUCUUGGUGGUUAAUUCAAACACGCGAAAAACUUGAAUCUCGCGAACUCAAUUAUUUAAUUGCGUGUAAGCGAGUUCCAUACGAGGAUGAAAUGAAGUGUGAAUUUAGAUCAAUUUCGAAAAACACACUUAAAGCAGCAUACACAAAUGCAAAUUUAACGCCCCCAAACGUUAAACCUGGUCCGGCACCAGAUGAUAUUACUCCUGAAAAUUUGCAAUAUGUUCUCCAAAAAUUUCAGGAAUAUAAGUGCGGAAUCCAAAAGAUGUUUUGGCGUUUAAACAUGGAUCAAAAUGUUUAUUCAGUUUCCUACAAUAAACUCAGAAGAAUUUACAGUAUUUUGGAGAUCAAAGAACCAAAAAGUGACAGCCUCCCUCAAAAAUAUUAUACGCCAUAUGAAGCAACAAAACCUGAUACCAUAUGGCAUGUAGAUGUUCAUUUUUUAUACGGUUCACAGAGGUUACCUGUUUAUGGUAUAAUAGACGAUAAAUCUCGGUUUUUGUUGGCUUUAAAAAUUUUGCCAAAUAAAUCUUCCGAAUCUACAACAAGAGUUGCCGAAGAAACGAUUGGCUUAUAUCAAAAGCCAUUUUGUUUCUGGUCCGACAACGGGGGAGAGAAUAUGGGCCAAUUUUAUAAUUGGCUCAUGCGAAACAACAUUCAAAUCCGCCACACUCACCCCCAUAUGCCGCGCCAGAACGGCAAGAUUGAAAGGCUCUGGCCGUCUCUUGAAAGAAAUGUCGGCCGGUCUUCAAAUGCAAAACAAAUUCAAGAAUUUCUUGAUAAAUUCAGGAAAAAUUACAACUCAGUACCACAUAAAACCCUUCCCAAAAAGGGUUUUCGCCCCAUGACUCCAGAAGAGUGUUACAAUGAGACACCACAUUGGAAACAGGGUGAAACGCCAUUUUGGAGAGUUAUGAUUGAUGGACACUUCGAAAUCAAAGAAAUACCGAACCAUUGA